CAGCAAUCCCAUCGAGGAUUAGACAUAAAUCAGAAAACCCAGGCAGCCUCGGAUCGAGCCAAACCAGAACGCCGGAGCGCACGGGAGAAGGUGGCGGGAUAAGGGUUGGUAAAUCAUGACACUAAACCACGCUAGACGGCGCGGUAGCCUGCCCCUGAGGCCUGCGCCCGCUCAGCAGCGCUGGAGUAUUCCUGCGGACAGCCGGCAGCUGUGGAGAGAGAGCACAUACAUGGUCCGCUCCAGAUCCUGCCUCAGUCCGACUGAACCUUACGGGGGGAGCUGGUCAUCCGUCUCCUCUGACUCCGCCCUCUCCAUUGAUUCCAGCAACAGUCUGUACAGAGUGGUCCUCAUCGGUGAAGCGGGAGUCGGCAAGUCCACGUUGACCAGCUUAUUUGCUGGCUUGCAGCCUAAUCUGGAGAACUGCGACGCGCCAGGGGAAGACACCUAUGAGCGAAGGAUAACCGUUGACGGUGAGGACACUACGCUUAUUGUAAUGGACACAUGGGAGAACAAGGAUGAAGAUAGCUGGGUGCAGGAUCACUGUAUGCAGAUCGGCGAUGCUUAUCUCAUCGUCUACUCCAUCACAGACAGAGCAAGUUUUGAGAAAGCGUCCGAGCUUCGUAUUCAGCUCCGGAGGAUUCGGCAGGCUGAGGACAUUCCAAUUAUAUUAGUUGGGAAUAAAUGUGAUCUUGUGCGACGUCGGGAGGUAUCAGUGGCAGAGGGGCGAUCCUGUGCCGUUGUUUUCGACUGCAAAUUCAUCGAGACCUCAGCUGCAGUUCAGCAUAACGUGCAGGAACUCUUUGAAGGAAUCGUGCGGCAGGUCCGGCUCCGGAGGGACAGCAAGGAAGUGAACGAUCGGCGGAUGGCGCAGUACAAAAGGAGAGAGAGCUUCCCGAGGAGGGCCCGGCGCUUUUUGGAUAGACUGGUAGCAAAAAACAACAAAAAGAUGGCUUAUAAAGUGCGAUCGAAAUCUUGCCACGAUCUUUCUGUGCUAUAAAAAAUAUGGAUGGCCAUAGUUAAAAUGGUGACAUCAGACUAUUACAGUGAAGGGUUUAGUUAAUCAAUCUAUAUUAGAUUAUAUACUUGGACUCAGUUGGUUUACAGUUGUGUCGAAUUUGUGUUGUGACAGAAUUCAUAAGAACACAACUUCUCUGUUUGUGAAUAUUAGUCAUAGAACAUUACACCAUGGAAACAGGCCAUUCAGCCCAUCUAGCCUGUGCUGAACUGUUUCUCUGCCUAGUUCUUUCACUUAUACCUUGACCAUUGCCCUCCAUACCCCUCUUAAUCAUGUACUGUACCUAUCCAAAUUUCUCUUAAAUGCUGCAGUCAAACCCACAUGCGCCACUUGUCCUGACAGCUCGUUCCACACUCUGAGUGUAGAAGCUCCCCCUUAUGUUCCCCUGAAACAUUUCACCUUUCACACUUAACCCAUGACCUCUAGUUGAAGUCCCUCCCAACCUCAGUGGAAUAAGCCUACUUCCAUUUACCCUAUUCAUAAUUUUGUAUACCUCUAUCAAAUCUCCCCUCUUUCUCCAACUCUGCAGGUGGAUAAGGUGGGUAAGGAAUUUGUUUCCAGGCCUCUCAGGGAUGUUGUCCCUACAUUGAUCUAUCAUUGAUAACCAGCCAUGCUAUUGGUCAUCCUAUCACUUAAAUUUGAACAAAUCAGUAUUGUUUGCUUGACCUCCAGUGGCUCAGGUGUAGAACUGGAAUGGGAGAUGGGAUGGAUCUUCUAAUUUAACACAGAAACAUUCUGACAUGCUGUGCUCAAGUCCACGAUAGUCAUAAGACAUAGGAGCAGAACCAGGCCAUUUGGCCCAUCUAGUCUGCUCCACCAUUCCAUCAUGGCUGAUCUAUUUUCCCUCUCAACCCCAUUCUCCUGCCUUCUCCCCAUAACCUUUGACACCCUUAAUAAUGGAGAACCUAUCAAGCUCCACUUUAAAUACAUCCGAUGACUUGGCCUCCAUAGUUGUCUACGUUAAUGAGUUCCACAGAUUCACCACCCUCUGACUGAAGAAAUUCCUUUUCUUCGCUCUUCUAUAGGGAUGUCCUUGUAUUCUGAGGCUGUGCCCUCUGGUCCUAAACUCCCCCACUAUAGGAAGCAUCCUCUCCACAUCUACUCUAUCUAGGCCUUUCAAUAUUUGAUAGUAAGAUGAAAAUGCCAUGAAGUAUGAAAUUACAAUUUUAAUGAAGGCACUUGACCUUUCACAUUUGACCUAUCACAUUUAUACCUGUGUCUGUUUGUUCCCAUCCUCUAAAUCAAGAUUUUUUCCAAACUGGGGCCCAUGGACCCCCUCGGGUAAUGAUUAGGGUCCAUGGCAUAAAAAAGUUUGGGAACCCCUGAUCUAAAUACUCUCCUUCAUCUUUGGAUUCAUGUCAAGUAUCGACAUGGUAGUGGAAUAGUUAGGGCCAUGCUAUUGCAGCUCGGAGUGUCGGAGUUCGGAGUUCAAUUCUGACGUCAUGUGUAAGGGUGCUCCAGUUUCCCCUCAGCAUCCAAAAACAUAUUGGUUAGUAGGUAUUUAUUUUGGUAUUUUUGUUUACUCUGGCAUCUUAUCCCUUCCUUUCCAGUCCUGAAGAAUAGUCUUGGUCUGAAAUGUCAACUGUUUGUUCAUUUCUAUAGACACUGCCUGGCCUGUUGAGUUCUCCAGCAUUUUGUGUGUUGCUCUGGAUUUCCAGCAUCUGAAGAACCCCUCCUGUUUCUGGUUGGUCGUUGUAAACAGUCCGGUGAUUAGGCUAGUGUUAAAUCGGGGGUCGAGGGGUGGUGUGGCUCGAAGUGCUGGAACGCGUGUUCCGCACUGAAUCUCAAAACAAGUAGACACUCUCCUUCAAAAAUACUCUCCUUCGUCUUUGGCUACAUGUCUAGGGAGGGGUAUGAAGGCUUAUGGUUCAGAUGUGGGUAACAGAUCAGCAUUGACUAGAUGGGCUGAAGGGCCUGUUUCUGUGGUAGAGCUAUGUGACUCUGUCUCAUUAAUUAUACAGUUUAUCACUGCUAUCAUUGACAUUGUAUUCUAUUUAAUGUGUAUGUGGAGUGUAUGAGAUUGAAUUCCACUUAGCAUGAAUGAAUUAUAUUUGUAUGAAGAACUAAUUUGAAUAACCCAGCAUUUUUCUGAACUAUCUUUUUCAAAUAAUUUUUAAUUAUAACUAUCAUAUAUUUUCACAUAGAAUCAUGGAGGCACAGUGCACUACAGCACAGAAAAAGGCCCUUCCCCCCAUUUAGUUCAUGCCAAACUAUUAUUCUCCCUGUAUUUUUAAUAUAUAUUUUUCCAGGAAGGUUUUGUGCAUUUA